AUGGCCAAAGCCGACCUUAUCGAGAUGCAGCAGCCGAAAGGCGACUACGCCGCCGUCAACACGACCAGCUCCUCCUCUGGUAACACGGAUGACAGCUCCAGGAACAACCAUCACGAGAGCGGAUAUCCAAACCUGACGACGGAUGGCGGCACAGGCAACUCGACGCUCAGGCGUCUCUUCUCCUUUUGGCAGCUCCUGGCCUUUGCCUUGAUCUUCAUGUCCUCGUGGGAAGUUAUGGCGAUGGACAUGGGAGCGACCUUUUACAACGGCGGACCGCAGACACUCGCCUGGGGGAUCAUCCUCGUCGUCGUCGGCGCCAUGGCCGAGGCUCUGUCGAUGGCCGAGCUCGCAACCAUCCAGCCCAUUGCCGGCGCGCAGUAUCACUGGACGCAUUUCCUCGCGCCGGAGAAACACCGACGAUUCAUCACGUGGAUGCAGGGCUGGGUGACCUGGUUCGCCUGGGUCUCGGCGCUCGCCGGCUCCGCCGCCUCGGAGGCAAACAUCACAAUCGGCCUCGUCAGCACAAACUACCCCUCCUACGUCUUCCAGCCCUGGCACAUCACAAUGGUCAUCAUCGCCCAGCUCGUCGCCUGCGCCCUCAUCAACAUGUACGCCUUCCGCACCAUCCCCUGGAUGGAGCUCCUCGCCGGCGUCCUCCACGUCGCCCUCUGGCUUAUCUUCGUCGUCGUCCUCCUGACGCUCGCGCCCCGCGCCUCGGCCGAUUUUGUCUUCUUUGAGCGCACCGUCAGCUCCGGGUGGACCAACGACUUUGUGAGCUGGAAUAUCGGCAUGCUCGUCCCGGCGUGGGGCUUCAUCGGCUUCGACGGCGUCGUGCACAUGGCCGAGGAGACGCGCAAGGCAAAACAGGCUGUCCCGCGCGCCAUGCUCUGGACCGUGAUCCUCAACGGCGUGCUCUCGUACGGCAUCAUCCUCGCCAUCCUCUUCGGCAUGGGGAGCGACCCCGCCGCCACGGAAGCGAUCCUGAGCUCCGACUACCCCAUCAUCCCUUUGCUCUUCAACGCCGCGGGGCCCGCCGCGGGCACGGCCAUGGUCGUCGGCCUCCUCGUCAUCACCUUUUGCGUCGUCGCCGCCUCGCUGGCGUCCGUGUCGCGCAUCACCUGGGCCUGGGCCCGCGACGGCGGCCUGCCGCGGUACUUUGCAAAGAUCCACCCGACGCACCGGGUGCCCAUCCGCUCCGUCUGGCUGCCGUGCGUCAUCGUCACCUGCCUGUCGCUCUUCACCGUGGGCAACAACGCCACGGCGACGGUGUUUUCGGCCUUCACGGCACUCUCGUCGCUGGGGCUGUACAGCUCGUACAUCAUCGCGAUAUCCUGCAUGCUCCACGCGCGUCUGACGGGGCGCAUCGGACACGGGCCCGAGUAUCAGGUCCAGUACGGGGGCUGGUCGCUGCCGAGGGGGUGGGGCACGCCGAUCAAUGUGUACGCGCUGCUGUGGUCCAUGUACUUGACCGUCUGGCUGCCGUUCCCGCAGACGAUCCCGGUGACCGGGACCGAGAUGAACUAUGCCGGGCCGAUCUAUGUUGUUGUUGUGGUUGGUGCCGUGAGUUUGUGGUUCACUUGGGGUAAGAAGCACUGGCCUGGGCUGAAUAAGAGUGCCAUUGAUAAUGUCGUGGCAUACAAUUAA